UAUACUUUCUAUGCUAUCAUCUGUAAUUAAUUUAAUAUGAUAAUUUAACGGUGAAUUGAUAGAAUUUUUAUCAGUAUGCAACGGGCACCGCGUAUAUUACCUUGCCUUCCAGGAUUUAGCUUUGACAAGAACAUUGGUCGAACUAAAUUUCACAAAAGACAAUAUUUCGACAAGAUACACGAUGGAGUGUAUUAUUUAUCCGAGAAGGCAGAUACAAGCAUUUUCAGUCGUUAUUCAUCCAUUUUUCCUCGAGAAGAGAUGCCAGAAAUUCCGCCAUGGCUUGAAUAUGAUGGCCAAAGGCUCAUGUUCAAAGCAUUUUUUCAAGAAACUGUACAAGAAAAGUGGAAAACGGCCUUUCACGUUCGUGUAGUGAAUAUCAGUUUUUUUCUAGAAGAUGGAACAAUAAAGAUCGUAGAGCCGCCAGUGGAUAACAGCGGUUUAGAGCAAGGAAUUCUGGUUAGACGGCAAAGAAUACCAAUACCCGAUCAAGUGAAAUAUAGAUAUUAUGAUAUACUUGAUUUAAAUAUCGGCAAGGAACCAGAAAUAUACGGACGAGUGUACAAAAUCGUGGAUUGCGAUAAAUUUACGAGACAUUUUCUUAAUCGUAUGGGAAUACCAGUGCCUGAUCCUAUUGAUAUACCAAAGGAUCCGUAUUCUGAGGUUCGAAAGGCCGAAGUAUUUCCAAAAAAGCCUAGUCGCAUGGUGGACACUCUUGGCAACUUUUUAAAAUACGAUAAGCAGGUUCUCCGAUUUUAUGGAUAUUGGGACGAUACCGAAAGUUUGCACGGCAUCAUUCACGAUCUCGAACUACAUUAUUAUCUUUCUGAUAAUACAAUGGAGAUCAAAGAAAAUUUAGCACUAAAUUCUGGCCAAGAUUCAGGACCCAUGCUUGUUAAAAGAAUGAAAAUACCAAAAUUUUAUACUGGAUUGCAACCGAUUGGCACAGAAGAUCGUUUCACGAUUUUAAAUGUCUUAGGCGAAGAUAUAAGACAGGGUUAUUACAUGGUUGAUGCUCUUAACACUGGCAAAAUUUCCAUCGAUUAUUACAAAGAUAAUGAGUUGAAUAUUGGAUCGAUAAUCAACGCCUUUGGUAGAAAAAUUGUUAUCACAGACAUGGACGCUUUUACAAAGGAGUAUUACCGGAAAAAAUAUGGUUUGGAUGAUUUCACACCUUUGACAAAACCUCUCAAACGUGAUGAAUUAUAUCAGCCAAUAGAAAGAAUUAUACCACCUUACAAUGGUUUUGGAUCUUACGAAGAUUCUCUUGGUAAUUGUUUUGCGAUGCUACCAAAACCACCCAAAACAGACUUCGUCAAGUUUUUGUAUCAUGACAAACAGGGCUUUAAUAGUCAUGUCUUGAGAUUUCGGGCGAAAAUGAUAUCGAAAAUCCCAGAUAACGAAGAUAGACAAUUCAUUAUAAGAGUAUUUCUCAUGGACGAUAAAAUAUCUAUUUUUGAAUUAGGCAAACGAAAUUCAGGUUUUCUGAGAUCCUUAUUUCAAAAACGAAUGCCGAUAAUGUUACCUGAUCAAGAUAUUUUCACGAGCAAGAAACCGGAGUAUUAUAAACCACAAGAUUUUUACAUAGGAGCGCACAUAAAUCUAAACAACUUUCAUUUCGAGAUUACAUCUGCCGAUAUUUAUGCCCUUCGUUACAUGGAGUUACAUUGCGACAAGUUUCCUAAAGCAAAUAAGAAAUUGAUAUUGGAGAAACUUCGAGAAGGUUUACGACCAGUUUAUAAAGAAUUUAUUCAAACAUAUACUCCUAAAGAUACAAAAAAUGAUAUUCUGAUAUUAGAAUAUGAAAAGCUUAAAGAAGCAUUGCGUUUAUAUAUGAAGGAUAAAAUAACAGAACAUGAAAUAAUUACGAUUGCUCGAUUCUAUUCGCCUCACGAGAAGAUCGAGCAUAAAUCCAGAGAGUAUGUGAGACAAUUAUUACAUACGGAACUGUAUCGAUUUCUAUGGCAUGAUCUCGAUCGCUUAAAAGAAGAUUUACAUCAUUGGGAUAGAGAUAGAACGGGAUUCUUACCUCGAGAAUUCCUAUAUAUGGUCUUGCGCGGUUGCAAGGUUCCCGUUGAUGUAGAGUUAUUAAAUUCCAUGUUGGAUCAUUUGCACCAAGCCGAAGAUGGUAAAAUUGACUAUAACGACUUGCUGCAAUUCAUGAACGUGAAGAUCGAUCCUCUACCACCUGCUGCACCUGUGAAUGUAAAGACAGCACUUUGGUGGGCCUCCGAAAAAGAGCCGGAUUGCGGGGAAGGAAUAAACUGGUGUGAAUUUAUCAAAGAUCUGGAUAUACAGGCAGAAGAGAACGCCACGCAGAAUGAUGUAGAAACAUAA